CCAACACGUUUACAACAUGCAGUGGGCUGACUAGAGGCCAUUAUGCUUACUGGUCGGGCAUGUCACCUCAUUUGAUCCUAAGAUACGAUUGAAUCACAUUGUUCUAUUAUUCCUGAGCGAAACGGAUCAUUUUUGAACCUACAUCACGGUCAACGGCUACAAUAUGACAGCCAAUGAGAUCUGCCCCGCUGAUGCCCAAUCAACCAGACCCAGAAGGGCAAACGAACCGUCUUUGCGCGGUCUACCAACUUUAGUCCGCUGGUAUAUCAAUACCCGAGAAUGGGAAGCCAAUGGCCUCGAUCUUCCUUUGUUGGAUGUCCUUCGCCCGGCUGAACAACAAGCCGUUAAACGAUUCCAUCAUGCUUCAGAUAGGCGCAUGUCCUUGGCAUCGCAUCUGCUAAAGUACUUCUACAUUCAUCAUGCUUGUGACGUUCCCUGGAGAGAUAUCGUCUUCAGUCGCACCCCUAUGCCUGAGAAUCGGCCGUACUAUGAUUCAAGUACGCAGACACAAGUGGACUUUAAUGUCAGCCACCAAGCCUCUCUCACUAUUCUUGCGGGGGUUAUCGCCCCGUCUCAUGAGCAACUCACAAGCCAAGCCAUUACGGGUAUUGCACCAUCGCCUCCCAGAAUCGGUAUUGAUAUAACAAAUGUGAACGAGCGACGCAAGCCAAUGAAGACCAUGAAAGAUUUCACCGAAUUCGUAUCGAUCUUCAGCGAAGUAUUUUCAGCUAGGGAGAUGGCAGUCAUGCAAAAUCCCAUAUCAACUCUCCGUCGAGCCCGCGAACUCGGUCUAGCUGCGUCAUUCCCUUCAGACGACGUUGCAACGAUCAUCGAGUUCGGUCUCCGUCUUUUCUACUCUUACUGGGCCUUGAAAGAGGCAUAUCUCAAAAUGACUGGUGAUGCCCUCUUAGCGGAGUGGGUGCGUCAUCUUGAAUUCACAAAUGUCAUUCCCCCGGCUCCGGUUGAUCCCUUAAUUGCAUCCAAGCCGUAUGGUCUAUUCUCCGGAGCGGAGCAUGUACCACAAUCACCUCUCAACUGGGGACCGCCAUACACGGAAGUCGAGGUCUCCAGAGACGGCGUGGUGAUCGAGGGUGUACGUCUCCAGCUGCAGGCCUUUGAAUCUGACUAUAUCGUUGCCACUGCUGGUCGGGGGUGCCCUGUUGGUCCCAUUCCCGAAGACAGUGGGAAUACUGGUGACCAUCACCUUCCGACCCAGUUCGGAGAGUCCUCAUCUGGAGGCUCACCCCAGGAAGAGCGCAUUCCCAUCAGCGCUCAUCUGGCAGUGGGUCAACCAGACCCAUGGCGUUCGGACUCUAAUAUUGUAGAUCCGUGGCUUCCAAUGCAGGAGGUUGAUAUUGAACUUGAUAUCCGGGCCUGCGCAGAGGGACGGUGCUCCCACUGAUAGAAUCAAGAGCUGGGUCUCAGUCGAAACAAGGUGGAUUCUGACUCUCGAGUGACCCUCGGUGGAUUCUUUGACGUGUUUAUGAUCAUGAUAGCAUAUACUCAAUCGCAUUUGCAUCCAUACCGAAUCCUUUCUAGUAGCUCUCAGUACUCUUCUUGCGUUUUAGUGCUCAUGUUCUCAUUGCUUUUUCUCAUUGAGAAGUUAGCACGCCCCACCACUAAGCGGCCAGAGCUGGUUAUGAUCCUUCCCCUUUACAUUGAGCGCUCAAAUUCAAGAAGUGAUACCAGUGUUGGCACCGUUUGGACAUUUGGGAUGUGCCGGUGUGCCGGCAUGCCGGCAUGCUUAGAGGUUUUUCUUAGCUGUCUUCACUGGAUUCUAUUCUUGGGUGUUGCGAAGAUCUCAGCUUCUGUUUGAGUGUCUGUGGCUUUGAUGGAUUCUAUCUUCUUGCGGUAUACUUCGGGGAUUAAGAGAUCGAACAUUGUGAUGUAUAUAGGCACACAGUAGUGUAAUCCACGAGGUGGUUUAACACUGGCAAUGUCUUUCAAAAAAUUAGACGAUCAGGUCCUCGAUUCCUUUGGAAGAGCGAUAGUUUAAAUAUUUUAUACCAGAC